AUGACAGGACCGCCUACAAGUCCGCGUUACAGCGCUGAGGACUUUGAGACUGCCUCUGUUCGUUCGGCUGCCCCUUCUUAUGUAUCGGAUACGCCAUCUUACCACACCCUCCCGUACAAUCACAAUGAAACAAUUCCGCCCUAUAGCCCACCAGCUCCAAGGGCAGCCCCUUUGGCAGCAAGUGCUUCUGCUCCUUUAUUCGCCCCUGGCCGUCACAGAACUUCGUCGACUCGGCAGCAGACCAUAGGCCUGCCUCCUCUACCCCCAGUGGCACCGCAAGGUGCCAUGUCAAUCCAUAACUUUCACCUCCCGACCUGGUCCGCCAACAAUGGCCCGGCGGCUCGCCACUACCGGAAUGUAGCUGAGCGCCGAAUUACGUCCGGUCGAUACACGGGACCGGCAGAGCCAUUGAGACACCAAAACUCCAAUGAUAGAGCCUUGAAUAACGGGACGGACACCGCUCCAGAGGCACGCCCCUUGGAAGAUCCGUACCUUGUCGGCGAGGUAGCGGCAGCACAGGCCCGUCGUGAAAGACUGGCCCGUGAAGCUAGUGAUGACAUUCUUGUCCGAGAGGAUAGGCAGUGGGACUGGCUUCUUGCCCAAAUGAGGAGCUGGGACGAGCGCGAGAGAAACUGGGCUCGUUUCCGCCGCGAGGUCGAACACACUCAACGUAAAAAGCUGCUUCGUCGUAUUGGUGGUCGGCUGCUGCCAACUUAG